GAAUACCCCUAGUUCCUGCUUUUAUUCAAGGGAAAUUCUGCAAGACAGGCAACAGCAUAAUAUCCUAUGACUAUUUAACUUUUAAUACAUCUUGGAUCGACACAGCUAACGGGUUACGGAGGAUAUUUGUGUGAAGUCAUUGCUCCAAAGACACAGCAACCAGCUCGAAGACUGAAGAAAACAAUGGCCAUCGAUUCAGUAAGCCUAAUUUACAUAUGGCUGCUGCCACUGACAGCAAGCAGCACAGUGACAUCUGGCCAGAAUAAUGACUUCACUACUGUAAUACUAGGACCACAGGUAACAAGGAAUCAAUUCACACAUGACAAGCUGACAACACAUGAUGCGUCGAGCUUCAAUCCACUCUUAAAUGUCUCAAGUCGUAAAAUCACACAGUCUAUCACAGUUGAUGUAAAUCUAACAGAGGAAAAAGCUACAAAACUCAGCACUAAACCUUUACAAUUCAAAACGCAUUCAAAGACAGUUUUACCAGGUAUUACAACAGCAGCAACUAAAACAAAUGAAGUAAGCAUGAAGUCCACAACAGAAAUACAAUUUAAUGUCACCACAUCAGCAACGACGGAUGUAACCAGUCACGGCAGCAUCCAAAUCACUACGAGGGUACCGUCAAUGCUAAGCAGUUCCACCCAAAACCAGUUAACCAAUGAUAAAAUCCCACCAUCUACACGUCCAACACAGUCUGCAAACCUCAUCUCUACUACAGCUACAUCUACCAAGCCUGUUGUAGACCAAUCUACAAGUACAAGCCCAGUCACAGUUGGGGAUGCUACGCAGUCCACAAGUUUAUACAAAACGACAAUUGCCACAACGAAGGCAUCAUUCAUCAACAUCACAAAGGCAAAGGAAAGACAAGAUCCUCCAGAAAAAAAUUCAAAGUCCAGUAAAGAAAAACACCACAGCAAAGCAGUGGCAGGGCUUAUAGGGGGAGCCCUGAUAGUAAUGAUGGUAGGAUUCCUGAUCAUCUAUAUAAAGAAACAGAUGCUUCAAAGGCAGCAAAUAACAACUAGAGACUGGGCCGGUCCUUCACCAUUUCUUGAGGGUGGAGCUGACAAUGGCCAGGUAACACUGAGAACAUCUAACCAGAUUUCUCUUUCCAGCUUCCUGCCACAUAGACUGUCCAAAAGGUUGUCUUUGCUCCCAGAAACAAAUGAGGAGUUAGAAGAUAUGACAAAAGGUACUACAUUUGGAAAUAAACAUCAAGGGACUACAUUUGGUCAAGAGUUGGAUGGAAAUGAUGUACAAAAAAGCGAUGGGACUGCUGUAGUUGUUUCAGAAAUAAAAAGCACAGAUGUUCCAGAGAUUGAAAACUCUGUCUUAGAGACCUCUUCACAAACAGAAGAGAACCUGCUAUACACAUACACAAAUUUGGAGGUUGCAAACCUCAGUCAAGACCAUGCCAAUCCCCCCACUCUAUCUGGAGCUGUGGAAAUUUUCUCUGGCACAACUGAAUGAAGGCUUUGGGCAACCAUAAGUGAAUGUAAGUGCCAAACCCUCCCCCACUGCAUCAACUUCCCUGGUUUCUAGGCAGCAAGAACUGUGACUGACACAGGAAACUACAGGGAUUCUCACCAGACCCAUGAUGUAUUUUCUUUAUCGCCAUGUGGAAAUGUCACCCAAACCUGAAGAGUGUGAAUUAAAAAUGCUUUCUAUUCCAACAUCUCUGCCCUGCCAAACCUGUGCAAAGUGCUACUAAAGAAAAUAUAACAAUAAGGCGCAUGCAAGAACCUUUGUAUUCAUCUUGCAGGUAAUGGAAAGGUUAUGCUGUGGUGAGAACAAACCGUAAUUAUGAAACUAAUCAGGAAUUGUCCUGAUUAGUUAUAACUAAUAGCUGUGAAUACCACAGGCUAAAUACAAGCGCUUGUGUUUUCUACAUCUGCUUAGAAAAACGGGCCAACUCAUGUUUUAUCUGACAUAGAAGUUACAGUCAGUCUUGAGUGCAAAUAUUUGCUGUCUCAUUAAUUUACUAUCUGCAGAGUAACGUAGCAUGUACAGUUGAAAAUAAAGAAUGUUCAUUACCCUUGACACUGGAGUUACACACUUUGGAAUUUUAUAUAGCAGGUUUCAAAACUUUCUCAACAUUUCUCAAGAGCAAAUUUCACAAUACUGACUUUCAGUCAUCACUGACUGUUUUGUAAAGCUUGUGCAAUAAGU